CCUCAGUCACCGAUCGAUCAGAACUCAAACAGUGUCGGAACGAGAAAGAGAGAGGAAGACAAUGGCGGCGACUUUAAUGAACAGAGCAAUCUCCCGAACCGAAACCGUCGGGGCUUUCAGACUCUCACUAAACCUCCUGAGAAACUUCUCUGCCCCGGCGGCGGCGGCAACAACUGAAAACCCUAGCUCCGAUCCGAUUAAACCAAAAAGAAGGAAGAGUAAGAAGAAUCUAAUCGAAGUGGCUCAGUUCUUACCGAAUUGGGGAAUCGGAUACCAUAUGGCUAAAUCUCAUUGGGAGGGAGUCUCUUAUGAAAUCACUAAAAUCAAUCUCUACAAGGAUGGGAGGCAUGGUAAAGCGUGGGGGAUUGUUCACAAAGAUGGGUUGAGAGCUGCGGAAGCUCCGAAGAAGAUAAGUGGAGUUCACAAACGCUGCUGGAAGUAUAUCCCUAACCUGUCAAAGAGCACACCUGCAACAACAAACUCUGCACCCGCCGCUGAAGUUCAAGCCGCCUGAUCUGUUGUUUACUUCCCUUGUUUUUGGGUUACUUAUUUACCUUUUGGAAGAUACAGCUCUUGUUACUUGAUGAGUCACUUUUGAAUUCGCUGGUAGCUUUGUAGGAAAAGAUCCAUAAAACACUUUGGAUGAUGGUUGCCUUUUCGGUUCAUCUUAUAAAGACUUGUAAUGUACGUUUCUUGAGAUGGAUUAUGAUGUGGUCUGCAUCACUGAGCCUGGAGUUUAGCUAGUACUUUAUGUAUGAACUUGUUCUGUAUGAGAUAUUCUGGUUUUUAAACAUCUAAUAAGAAAUCUCAGUUACCA